GGGGUCUGAGCCUAGAAAAAAAGGGCGAACAUGGAAGAAAACCAUUCCUGAUGACACAAGGACUAAGGGUGAAAUGGGCGUGGUCUCCGGGGAGUACCACGCAAUACGCCUGCGCAGCAGUGCGGCGCUCCCCCUCCCGCUGGCCCUCGCAGACCGACGCGCUGCUAUGACGUAGUCCUGCGGCCGUGACCAGGCGGAGGCAUGGCAGGACCUAGGCCGGUGGUGCUGAGUGGGCCGUCAGGAGCAGGGAAGAGCACCCUGCUCAAGAAGUUGUUCCAGGAACAUGGCAGCAUCUUUGGCUUCAGUGUGUCCCGGCCUUCAUCUAGAGUCUUUUUUCUAGAUACUACAAGGAACCCGCGACCUGGUGAGGAAAAUGGCAAAGAUUACUACUUUGUGACUAGGGAGAUGAUGCAGCGUGAUAUUGCAGCAGGGGACUUCAUUGAGCAUGCUGAGUUCUCGGGGAACCUUUAUGGUACAAGCAAGGCGGCUGUUCGGGCUGUGCAGGCCAUGAACCGCAUCUGCGUGCUAGACAUCGACCUACAGGGUGUGCGCAACAUCAAGAAGACUGAUCUGCAUCCCAUCUACAUCUCUGUGCAGCCCCCCUCGCUGGCUGUUCUGGAGCAACGACUGCGGCUGCGCAACACUGAGACUGAGGAGAGCUUGGCAAAGCGACUGGCAGCUGCACAGGCUGACAUGGAGAGCAGCAAGGAGCCUGGCUUGUUUGACCUGGUGAUCAUCAAUGACAACUUGGAUAAAGCCUAUGCAACACUGAAGCAGGCUCUGUCUGAGGAAAUCAAGAAAGCUCAGGGCAGUGGCCAUGCCUGAAGGUCGGCCUCAUUCUAUAGAGUGACGCCUGUGCCCCACAUAUCCCUGGGCUGUGAGGUGGGGAGAUCUCUGCCGGGGCACCAAGGACUUGUAUAGACUUCUCCUGUGCAGUAGGAGGAGCUCCCCUUGUCUGGCCACAUGGUGGCUCUUCACCCUGUGCUGGCUUGCUGAGGCUGAAGGACUCUGAAAUGUACCCACUUCUGUUCUCCCUGGGCUGUCCCUGUCCCUCCUGCUGGAGCAGGACUGACACCCUAAUAAAGUAACUAUUGGGUUA